CAAGCGAUUAAAUAAAACCGAUCAUUCCAUCUCUCUUCGUCAAGAGGAGACUAAAAGCAACCUUUAAAUCUAUACACUAAUCCCCCAUUAACAUUCCCUCCAUCCGCAGGUUUCUUAGUGACGAUACACUCAACUACCCGCAAUCAUGGAUGCUAUUCGCAAAAAGAUGCAAUCUCUCAAAUCCGAGACGGACUCCCUCUUCAAGACCAUUGCCAGGUACGAGGAGCAAACCGUCGAGUACAACAAACGAAGUGAUCAAGCCGAUUGUGACAUCCGAGAUCUGGGCAAAAAGAGCACCAACUAUGAGGCCGAUUUCGAUGACACCAACGACAAGCUCACCAAGACCUUGGAGAGCUUGGAGGAGAAGGAGAAGGCCUACAAGACCGCUGAGGAGGAGGUCAGCGCUCUCUCACGUCGCCUUUUGCUCAUGGAGGAUGAAUCCAAGAAGGCCGAUACCAACUUGGCCGACACGGUCAUGAAACUGGCCUAUGCUUCCAAGGAGGCCGAUGGCAUCUUGAAGAAGGUCAAAUAUUUCGAAAACAAGACCAUGAGGAACGAGGUCGAGCUGGAGGAACAGGACAAGUACUUGAGAGAAACGACCAAAAUGGCAAGUGAUAACGAACAGAAACUGGAUGAACUCUCCCGGAAACUUGGGGUCCAAGAGGAUGAACUUAAGCGAGCCCUGGAGAGAGCCGAGAUGGCCGAGGGUAAGCUCAAGGAUGUUGAACAAGAACUGGAGGCCGUGGGCGAGAACAUGAAACAACUGGAGAUUUCGGCCGAGAAGGCCCAAGAGCGCGAAGAGAAGCUCAAGGACAAGAUUAGACACAUCAUGGAUAGGCUCAAGACGGCCGAGGCUCGUUAUGAAUAUGGAGAGAUGAACAUCACCAAUUUGAAUCAUCGCAUCGAUGACAUCGAAGACGAGAUCUACCGGGAGAAGCUCAAGAUCAAGAAGGUCUCUGACGAGCUCAACGAAACCUUUGACGACAUGUUGAAUAAUUACUAAAGACAUGUUAUACAACCAGUCCGGUGUAAAUCUAAACAAUACUUUACUUCAAUUUAAGGCCCACUCUUGUUGUUGAUAUUUCGAAUAAAAAGUUAAGAGAGCAA